AUGCAUGAACUGUUUACACAAGUAUUGAACUACAAAGAUUUAUCCAAGGCUGGUGAUUUAUUUACUGUUUCUGAUGAUGCUAUUGUGAAUGAUUUAUCUGAAGUUAUCAAUAUAAUUUGUGAAAUUACAAGCUUACCUGAUUAUGUAUACAAUGACAAUGAUCAAAGCGUUGUGGAAAUAUGCAUCACAAGAGUUACUACUGCUAUCAGAGAAACUGGAUCAAUGGAACAGCAUGCUGAAGCCUUGGUUACAUUACUGGAAUCAUGCCUUAAUCAUAACCUUAAACCGUCACAAAAGGAAGAAGAUCCACCUCAUGCUAAAAUAUCAUCAGACAUAAUAUCCUGCAUGUUUCUUAAUUAUAGCAAAAAGGAAGUAAUGAAAAGAGUAUUACCAGUGGCUGUGAAAUUUUUACAUAAAGGAAAUAAAGUAUUAUCAAGAAAUAUGGCUUCAUAUCUAUCACUUGCAGCAAUUGAUAACUCUCCUUUACUAUCAAAUCAUAUACAACUUAUUAUAGAUUCUAUAAUUUCAGGUAAUUAUCCAUUAUGCCGAGUCCUUCCUCAGAUCUAUGAAGUAACAAGAGAUCCAAUUCAUGAUCAUGCAAUGGCUUUAGUUUCUUUACUUCCGUUAUGUGAACUUACUGAAAAGUUGGCUUUAUUACAACUCUGCUCACUUAUAGCCAACAAUAAACCAUCUUUACUGGAAGCUAGUUUGCCACAAUUGUGUGAAUAAUUAUGUACAUCACAAACGGUUGUUCCUACACUGCAAGUUUUUCUUAAUUUAGCAAAAAACCAACCUCAACUUCUAUCUGAUUAUGUUCUGAAAAUAAAAAAAGCUGCAGAAUGUAAUCCAAAUGCUCUGUGUAUUGCUGCUCAAGUUUUAUCUGCUGUUGGAAAAAUAAAUAAGACAAAAGCACAAGAAGCAUUAAAUUUUAUUAUGGAUCAUUUAGCUAAAGUGGAUCGAGGAAGUCAAAGUCUAUUAGUACGAGAAGCUACAUUUCUAUGUUCUUGUUUUCCAAUUUUAUUUACUGAUAAAAUAUUAGACGGAGUUAUACAAAUAAGCCGAACCACAAAAUCUCAUGUAAAUCAAAUAUCUGGUGGAAUAACUAUAGUUAAAGUUGGUGGAAAUCAAUCACCAACUAAUUCAAAUAUUACUAGAACAACCCAAACAGAUAAUAAUGGAAGAAAUUCAAGAAUUGUGAUUACGCCCAGACCUAGGUUAAUGGCAGAUAGUCGUAGUACUGGAAGAUUACAAUCCUCAAACGCUCAUCGUAGUAUGACACGCUUAAAUGCAGCAUCUGGUAGUAGAGUUGGAUCAGUUGGAGGUUUGCAUAAAAGCAUGACUAAACUAAGUUCUAAUCAAGUUUGUAUUGCUAAUACAUCAAACCGUAAUAAGCCUUCUACAACUAAAAUAUCGAGUGGUGGCGUAACAGUUACUACACCUUUAGGAACUGGAAGUAUAUUAACUACAAACUUCAAUUACAGUACAAACUCUAAAGAUUCUUUAGCUAAUUCAGUCAGUCAAACUUUGGCUGGGCGUGUGCAAAACUCGGUAUCUCGACCUUUAAGUACUGCUGGAAGUUCUCCUUUAAAUCAAAGUUUAACUUCUCAAGGACCUAUCCAAUCAAGUGGCCCAAGUCUUAAUGUAGACCCUGGUGGAAUCAAUACAGGCAUUUAUUCAACUGUGACUCCAAGGCGAAGUCACAAUACGAGCGUUACAAUAAUUAAUUCAAGUGUUUCUCAAAGAAUAAGUGUAUUUGAACCAUAUCCAAUGAGAGAUACUAUGCAGCAUUUCUGUGAGAAACAUUUAGAUAAAAUUAAAGCUUAUAUGGAAAAAGUUUCAGUUAGAAUUCCACCUCCUGCCAAAUGCACAAUUGAAGAAAGAAGAGCAAAAAAGACAGCGAAACUACAUUUUGCUUGUGAAGGUAGAGGUGAGCAUUGCCUCUAUAAUCGUGGUUUAUUUACUGUACGUACACGACAUCCUCGUGUUUGGAUUCAUCUUAUGUUUCUUGCCCUUCAAGCAAGAUCAUCUUCGGCACUCAGUUCACGUCAUCCUUCAGUCAGUGCCUUAAAAAACUGCUGGGAUAUUCUCAAAUGUGAAACUAGGCCAUUUCUGACAUUGGUAACCUCAGCAUUUCCAUGUGCCAAAGAUCAGGACGCUGUUUUAAAUGAACUUCGUAAUAGUGGUUACUUUGAUGUAUUCGAACAUUAUAAUAUAAAUACUGGUGGAUGGGGUUGCUUCUUAUGUAAUCAUCCAGAACGGGCAGUUGGUUUUUUGCAAGAUAGUCAACCAGUAAUUGAAGGUCAGCUAAAAGAAAAAAAAGGAAGGUGGAGAAUAUUUAAAAGAUGGAGAACAAGAUAUUUUACACUGUCUGGAGCACAUCUCUCUUACAAAGGCUCAAAAAAUGAUAAAGAAGGAACUCCUAUUGACAUUCAUCAGAUUCGUAGUGUAAAAGUAAGUCGUGGCGCUCGAAACAUACCUAAAGCUUUUGAAAUAUUUACCGGAGAAGAAUCUCUUAUAUUGAAACCUAAAGGUGGUAAAAAUGCUGAAGAAUGGGUUCAGUGUUUAUCUGUUGUUGUAGCACAUUCACACUCAAAAGAUACCACAAAUUCAAGAAAUUCAAGUUUAGUCAGGACAACUAUAUGAACAAAUUAUUAGUAUUACUGAACAAGUCUUAAUAGAUCAACAUGACAUUUGUAACGUUAAUUAGUAGUAUUUAUUUUAAGAUAUUAUAAUAUUAUGAAUGAACAAGA